AUGUCUCGAGAAGCCCCUCUGUCAGUCGCUGAGCGCGAUUUUAUUCUCAAGGCCCUACAAGAGAACACGCGCCUCGAUGGCCGUGAGGCUGAUCAAUUCCGACCUCUGAGUAUUAGCUUCGGCGAGGAAUAUGGCCAUGUGAAGCUGCAGCUGGGCAAGACCAGCAUUAUUGUUCGCAUUUCUGCUGAAGUGACAAAGCCUCGCGAUGAUCGUCCCUUUGAUGGCCUAUUUGACAUCUCCAUCGAAUUGACUGCAAUGGGUUCUCCAGGCUGGGAAAAUGGACGAACUAGUGACCAAGAAGCCUCUGUCGCCCACGUUCUUGAUCGAGUCGUCCGCCACUCCAAUGCCCUCGACACGGAAUCGCUCUGCAUCGUAAAGGGCGUCAGCUGCUGGAGCAUCCGUGCUGACAUACAUGUGAUCGACUACGAUGGAAACCUGACUGAUGCCGCCUGCAUCGCCGUCAUGACUGGACUGCAGCAUUUCCGCCGGCCGGAUGCAGUGGUGCGCGAUGGCCAUGUUAUCGUGUACAAAGUGGAGGACAGAGUCCCGGUUGCCCUCAACAUCACCCACAAGCCUCUUUCCGUUACCUUCAACUCGUUUAACGAUGGCAGAAACAUCAUCGUUGACGCCACACUCAAGGAAGAACAAGCAGCUGAGGGAGAGCUAGUCAUCGGCAUCAAUAGCGGUGGAGAAGUCUGCUUUAUGUCCAAAUUCUCGGGCGCGCCUUUGGAUCCGCUAUCGAUUGUGAGCAAAGUUAAUGUCGCGCUAGAGAAAGUCAAGGCGCUCAAUGCCCAGGUUGACAAGGUGUUGCAAGUCGAUCUCGCGAAGCGGGCGAAGCUGGGCAUGGCCGAUGAAUCGCGGGCGGCGAAUGAUCGCUAA